AUGGACGAAGCGUAUCAGCAACAUUCGCACCACGCGCGCCGCAAGAACCGCUCCUCCACGAACCUCAACCACCUCACACUCGCCCCUCUGACCACGAAACUGCCUCUUGACGACGAUGCCUACGCCGAGUACCCGCCUCCCCCCCACACGACCUCCUACCUUCAGGGCAAGUCGGCACCCACGACGCCGGGCCUCCUGACCCGCUCGCCCGACGCGCCCACCUCCCGAAGAGCAAGUCUGCUUCCCACCUUGCGUUCCCUCUCGACGAGGACGCGCUGCGCCGGAGCAAAAGGAGCGCCCGCGAGACGCGUCUGGCACGGCGUCGCCCGGUGCACACCCGCCGUCGUCAGAAGAACGACCACCCCGCCUCAGGAUGACAGCGGCGACUGGCUCCUGCGCGCUGGCGUGGCGCUGAGCAGCGAGGCCAGGGAGUAUAAGGGCCAGACGUGGCUCACGUCGCGCGCCAGCUCGACGAGCCUCGCCGGCGGGCGCGACGCCGAAGAAGAGGCCUUUGAGAGGGAGUUUGCGCGCGAGCGUGAGCUCGCUAUCCGACAGGGCAGCCGGAGGGGCAGCGUGGCCGACCUCGAGCCGUACCGCUCCGCCCGUGGCAGUCGCCAGGGCAGUCGCUCGGGCAGCAGGGUCGGACGCCGGAGCCAGCUCAUGACGCCGCUGGAUGGUCGGCAUUCGGACGAAGGCUACUUCGACAGAGUGGCCGCGGGUGACGAAUAUCUCCAGGGUCCUGACUUUGUAAACCUGGACGAGAAGCUCGAGGCCGUCGACCAGGACACGACGCAGGACGAUGAGGCUGCGGUGCGGCAGUUGGUCAAGGGUGAGAACGCCGGGCGUGGCUCCUGGUUCGGCUGGGCCCUCUUUUCGGUGGAGGAAAACGCCGAGGACUCCGAUCUCGGCGAUGACGAUAUCGUCGACCCGGUUGAUUCGGAGGCCACACCGACACGGAGGGAUCCAUCAGUUCGUUACUUCGAGAUAGCGAACAGCACGCCAGGCGAGCGUGUCCAGCCUCCGAACCCUGACGAGGGUGGUUGGCGUGAUGCCGCCUGGUUGCUGAGUGUGGCAUCCAAAGUCAUACUGUGA